UAUCCCUUAGCAGUUUUAAAGCAGUGUGCACUUUCUGCACGCUUGAAGAGUCCAUCGAACGAUAUUUCCAAAUCAUCAGAAAUAUUUUAUGUUUCUGAUGCUAUAAUAAUAAAAAGGUUCGCGCUAUUCCUUUUGACCGCGUUGAUCUUCCGUAGAACAAGGAUUGGUUUCCAUAGAGACCAUCUAUCGUGUAGGCUUGGAAAUAGCUCCAACACAACAACAGAGGAGGAACCAGUGUAUCUUCUGCUGUACUACUCUGGCAGGUCAAAAUGUCCUUCAGAGACUUAAGAAAUUUCACAGAAAUGAUGAGGGCAUUGGGCUAUCCUCGGUUGAUAUCUAUGGAGAACUUCAGAACACCAAACUUCACUUUAGUGGCAGAAAUCCUAAUAUGGCUCGUAAAGAGAUAUGAGCCUCAGAUGGACAUUCCCACUGAUGUAGAAACCGAGUCAGACAGAGUAUUCUUCAUCAAGGCAGUGGCCCAGUUUAUGGCAACUAAGGCUCACAUCAAGUUGAACACCAAGCGCCUCUACCAGGCAGACGGCUAUGCAGUGAAGGAAAUGCUGAAGAUCACCUCAGUGUUGUACAGUGCAAUGAAGACCAAGCAGAUGGCCCUGGGAGACCGCCUCGAGGAGGACAACAACAAGUUCAAAUUCGACCUCGGCUCACGGAUUUCAGAUCUUAAAGCGGCACGGCAUCUGGCAUCUGAGGUCACGUCUAAAGGAGCAUCACUGUAUGACUUACUGGGAAAGGAAGUGGACUUAAGGGAAAUGAGAACUGCGGCCAUUGGUAGACCGCUGGAGAUCAAUGAGACUGAAAAGGCCCUGAGGGCUGCUAUCAAGGAGGUUUUGCAAAGUGUGGAAAAGACCAAAGAAAUGCUGAAUAACGUUGUGUCUGAUGAGACCAGUCUGGAUGCUAAGAUAGAAAAGAAGAAGCAAGAGCUGGAGAGGAAUCGGAAAAGGCUCCAGACACUACAGAGUGUCAGGCCGGCCUUCAUGGAUGAAUAUGAGAAGAUUGAGGAAGAUCUGCAGAAGCAAUAUGAAACCUUUGUGGAGAAGUUCAGGAACCUGUGCUUCCUGGAGUCUCAGCUGGAUGAAUACCAUCGGCUGGAGCAGGAGAGGUUUGAGGAGGCUGAAAACACACUGAGGAUGAUGCAGAACCAAUUGAAGGAGGAGGAGGAUCUGACAAGGAGCUCCUUGAAAGAUGAGGAUUCUGACAUGGAUGUUCCAGAAGAUGAAGGUUCAGACAGCGACAUGGACGAGUGUCGACCUUCUAAGCCACGGCCCGCACGAAAUGGCAUCAUGGCAGGAAGAGGAGCUCGAUUCAUCGGGAACAUGCAGGGUGGUGAUAGUGAUGAGACUGAAGACAGCGAGAUUGAUGUGGACGAGGAUGAUGAAGAAGAUGAUGAAGGCGAGGAGGAGGAGAGUAAGGAUUUGGAGGAGGACAGUCUGGAGGGCCCAGUGCCCAGGGGGGCUCGGCCCUCCAAGGGGGGCCUGAGGCCGCCUCUGCUGGAAGAGAGCGACAACGACUUCUGAAUGAACGCAGAUAUGCUCAUCAUCGUGUUAGUUCCCAUUUUUUAGUACUUGUGUAAACUGUUUACCAUAAUAAAAUAUUAACAUUUCCUA